AUGUUCGGUGGAGGAAGAGGACCAAUGGGCGGCGGCGGAGGGAUGUUACGCGCCGCCAGCCGUGCGAUGACGAGGACCGGCGUAGCCAACGGCGGAAUCCAAGACCCAUUUGCUUCAUCACCGUCUUCUUCGUCAUCUUCUUCGGCUAUCUCACACCAGAAACCUGGAUCUUCUUCUACCUCUAACAAUCUCACGAUUUCGGCUGCAUCGUUGAAUCUUCCGGUGGCUGCAACUUCCGGAUGGAGCGGCGGAGCUUUUUCGUUUGUGAAUUCCGGCGGUUAUGACGACUUUGAGUGGGUUUCAGAAGAAGGAAGCGAAGAAGAUGUCUCUGUUUUCGGCUCUGUUCCUUCUCUUGAUGAAGUCCAAGAUGCUGUUUCUGCUCUCCAGCAGGUUUUCGAUGGUAGUUCGUAUCCUCAGCUGGUUAGAGACAGAUACGAGUGCCAUCCGGAUAAUGGUGUUGGAAACCAGAUCCCUAUAGCAACAGGAAUGGUUCAUCAAGUUCCUUCAUUUGGGUCGGAUCUCGACUGGAUGGAGCCUUCAAUGCAACUAUGCCAUUCAAGAAUCUUACAGCCUCAUGCUUAUGAUCAGGUUUACGGAGCUUUCGACCUACUGCGAACCGAACCAUCUGUCCAGAGAAUGGUGAUGUCAUUGUCAUCUGACAAAGCAGUCUGGGAGGCGGUAAUGAACAACGAGGUGGUGCGAGAGAUUAGGGAUUUGUACAACAGUGGCAUAAGUGAAGAUGAAAAGAGCUCAGAUGACAGUCCCAGGGAGAAUAACGCAGCAGUGGAUUUCAUAAAAUGGGUAUUUGACAACACAAUGGUGAAGGCUACUGAAGUGUUUGAGAAGAUAACAAAGGUGGUGACUGAGUUCUUCAAUAGUCACAAUGGUGAUGGUAAUAACAAAAAGAGUAAAGAUGCCAAGUUCAACAAUUGGCUCGAGGAAAAGCUGAGGACUUCGGUCUUGCUCUCCAUCGUGGUACUGCUGGUCGUGAUGGUGUCUCGAGCCUGCAACAGGUCAUGA